AUUGGGAAGAUUAAUGAAAUGGGGAAAGCGGGGAUUUAUGGAUUAGGGGAUUUCUGUUUGCCCUUUUCUUAAUCGGUUGCGAGGACAGAGGGAUGAGCGGCGGGUACGGAUCAUCGCGAGUGCCACUGGGAUUUGGAAGCUUCGGAAAGGAGGUCGUGUCAUUAAUGGAGAGGGCAUAGAAAAGGAAACACCCGAUUUGAUCUUAUCUCACUUGCUCCAUAGUGAUUAUUUUAAUCUCUCUCGUUCCCCAUUCCCCUUUCCCUCCACCCUAUUUCUGGUGCUUUCUUUUGAGAAAUGGACGCGUUUCACUCAACUUGGAUUCUUCCAUGUCUUCUCUGUAUGAAUCCAGAACCGUGCGAAGUUCAUACGGGGCGAUGAGAGAGGGCUGAGGAUAUGAUAAGUAGGCGAGCACAGAGUGGCUGCAGAAGCACAACAACAGCCAGAGGCUUCUGCUUAUCGGACCGCGCCGCUCUUGUUUGUCGCUCGUGCGCUUACAAUUUCAAACACAGAUCUCGAGGCCCUUUUACUCUUGUCUAUAACAACUGACAUCUGUUUUGCUUUUACACCAUUUUUUUUGUUCCUUCCCCCGCCAUUUUCUCUUAUUUAUUUAGAGGCCAAUCUUCCUCCUCCGUUGGGUUUGAGCUCAAUACAAAGCACUUGGAUUAGUUUUUUUUGGGUUUGUUUUAUACUUUGCUCAAAGGCGUGGGGAUUGACUCUUGAGAAGUUGCAUCAGCCAUAAUCUUAGCCGGGUCGGUGACACUCUGUUGAAUAUUGCUGUUGCUUUGCAGUGAUCUCGAGAAUUGUUAAGUGUUUGGAUUUUGAUGUGGAAUACUGCUCCUCGAUCAAGACAUGCUGAGCUCUGAUGGAGAUGCAGAUGUUUUCUUCGACUCGGAAGAUUACUUGCCAUUGGAGGAGUCCUUGGUAACCGAAGAAGUCGAUGCGAGCAAGUCGGGAUAUGAAAUAUGGAUGAGAGAGCCUCAGAGCAUUAAGAAGAGAAGGGAAUAUUUUCUUCAAGAAGUUGGUUUGAAUGAAUUUGCAUCUUCUUCAAGUACUCGUACACAGGAUUCAGAGAUUGAAUCUAGUUGUUCAUCAGGGAGGAUAGAAUUGGACAGACUCACAGAGUGUAGUGGAGCUGUUUCAAGCUCUGACUAUGCACCUAGCUGUAAUGUAGAAGACAAUGAUUCAGUAGUACACCACAAUGAUAUGCCAAGUGCUGAAUUCAGCAACGAGGCAAACGAGACAAACGAGGCAACCAGUCGACCAUCUUCUGUUUCCAACUCCAGCUUUCAACGGUGCCAAGGUGAAGCUAACGUCGAAGCUUGCAAGGAUAUCGAUGCUAGGAAAAAGAAGAUACUGACUUGGUGGAAAUCCUUAAAAAACAAGGCGGCAAGACUACGAGCUACGGAGUUUUCUGAGGAAUCGAAAUCAAACCCUGCAAAAUCCGAAAGUUGCAGAAUGAAGGUGUGCCAAAACAAAAAGAAGUGUUCAGAAUUUAGUGCAUUGUAUAUGAGACAGCAGAUUUGUGCUCACAAGGGCUUGAUUUGGACAAUGAAGUUUAGUCCAGACGGGAAGUAUUUGGCAAGCGGAGGAGAAGACGGAGUCGUUCGCAUUUGGCGUGUAACACGUACAAAUGCCUCUAGUGAGUUUUUAGCAAAUGAUGCCACAAGAGAAGGGAAGUCUAGUUUCAGCAGUAAACCGUUGAGAUUUGCCACUGUUGUCAUUCCUGCAAAGGUUUUUCAGAUAGAUGAGUUGCCAGUACAAGAAUUCCAUGGACAUUCAAGUGAUGUCUUGGAUAUAGCUUGGUCUACUUCAAACUGUCUUCUUUCAUCCUCAAAGGAUAAAACCGUGCGCUUGUGGCAAGUUGGUUCAGAUCAAUGUCUCAAUGUUUUCCACCAUAAAAACUACGUUACUUGUAUCCAAUUCAAUCCAAUGGAUGAAAACUACUUCGUCAGUGGCUCAAUCGAUGGAAAAAUUCGGAUUUGGGGCGUCUUGAAGCAGCGUGUGGUCGAUUGGGCUGAUAUCCGAGAUGCAAUUACCGCGAUAUCUUAUCAACCAGAUGGGAAGCAGGGGUUUGCUGUUGGUUCUAUCACUGGCAGUUGCCGUUUCUACAAAACAUCAGGAGAUGAUUAUAUCAAUCUGGAUGAACAGAUCAAUAUUGGCGGUAGAAAUAAAGCCUCGGGUAAAAGGAUCACUGGCAUUCAGUUUUUCGGAGAGAACUCUCAAAGAGUGAUGAUCACUUCGGAAGACUCUAAAGUACGCAUAUUUGAAGGAACCAAAAUCGUCGGCCAAUACAAAGGUCUAUCGAAGUCGGGUAGUCAGAUGUCUGCUUCCUUUACAGAAAAUGGAAAACAUAUAGUAUCUGUUGGAGAGGACUCUCGUGUAUAUAUGUGGAACUAUGAUAGCGUUCGUCUUUCGUCGACGAACGAGACGAAAUCUCAGCAGUCUUGUGAGCAUUUCUUUUCUGAUGGUGUGUCUGUUGCUAUACCAUGUCCUGGCACUGGAACUGAACCAAAGUGCUUGGGUAACAGCCAACCACAGUUGUCACAGAGACGGGAUAACCAAGGAGAUGCCAGUGGUGUGGAGUGUUUUUCGUUCAGUAAUUGGUUCUCUGCCAAUGGUCUGUGCCGAGGUUCUGCAACAUGGCCAGAAGAGAGACUACCUCUCUGGGAUUUACCAGUUGCAGAAGAUGAACACCAAGAUUGUCAUCAAAAGAAACUAAAUGGCCAUAACGGCGACGCCCACGACCAAGGAUCUCGACUCGAAACAUGGGGCCUUGUGAUUGUCGUGGCUGGAUUAGAUGGAACUAUAAAGACAUUCCACAACUAUGGAUUGCCCAUCAAGCUUUAGAAGCGCUGCUUGAAUUAGCUCACUUUUCCCUGAGCUUCCAAAAGCAAAAGAGGUUUCAGAAUAUCAGAAAACAUGGCAUUUCAUGUGGUUGAUUCUUUUUCCUGUUUGUAUCUUCCAACGGAAAAGCCUUUCUAUUUUUUUAUUUGUUCUAAGAGGUCCGAAAUCUUGUAAAUCUAAAGAGGCAGGCCACCAUUUUUGCUUGUUUAGUUCUUGUGAAUACUACCUGCCAAUUGUAAAUGAAAUACACUUAGCAGAUUUCUAGUCAUUUGGGUGCCUUUCUUCA